AUGCUUCCGCGGAAAGCGCCCAAAAAUGCGUCUGCCGCCGCUGCAGCUCCGGUCGAAGGCCGCGACCGCAUCAGCAACCUCCCGGACGGCGUGCUGCAGCAUAUACUCUCCUUCCUGCCGGCGCAGGACGUCGUGCGGACAUGUCUGCUCGCCAAGCGCUGGCGCCACAUGUGGGAGUCCACCACCGUCCUGCGCUUCGUGUGCGGCGGAUUGAAGGAACCAGGGUCCGUGGAGGAGAUUAAGGAGUUCGUGGACCAUCUGCUGCGCCUGCGCAUCCGCGGAGGCACGCCACUCGACACCUGCGAUUUCCGUUUCCAUCUCGACGAGAAUAAAGAUUUUGACAUGAGCCGAAUCGUGCUUUGGAUCCGUAUAGCUCUCCAGUGCAAAGUCCGGGUGCUCCAGUUCAUCUUUGUGGGCGAUAAUUAUCUGGACAUUCUUCCUCGAGAUGGCCAUCCCUUCUUUAUCUCUCAAUACCUGAAGAAGCUAGAGCUUGAAAAUUUCAUCGAAAUGGUGCCCAGAUUCCUUGACUUCUCCUGCUGCCCAUUUUUGGAAGACCUUGAGAUUGUUUGCUGUGCCCUACCGUGUCCUGACCUCAUCUCGUCACAAUCCCUCAAGCGUCUAACCAUCAAGCGUGGUUAUUUUUGUGAUGAAUCGCGCUUGCCUAUCCGUGCCCCGAAUCUUGUUUCACUAUGGCUUGAAGUCAGUGAUGGCAAGACUCCAUCGCUUCAGAGGAUGCCAUCCUUACUAACAGCAGUUGUCAAAAUCCACGGUUAUGAUCUCAAUACCCUUGACUCUGAUUAUGACAACAACCAAAGUAUUCUCUUGCAAGGUUUAUCGGAAGUUCAGAACUUGGUGCUAAUAUCUCCCGACAUCGAAAUGUUUAUUUUCAGAAGGGACUUAAAAUUUUGCUCUAGUUUCAACAAAUUGAAGUCUUUGCUACUUGACGAAUACUGGUGCGAGCCUGCUGAUUUCAGUGCCCUAGCUUGCCUCCUCAAACUUUCACCAGUGUUAGAAAAGCUCACUCUUCAACUAUAUUCAAAGGGACCUAAACAUAAAGUGGAGAUUAUACUGAGCUGCAAACCAUUGGAGGUGUCAGCGGCAAUAUCACAACACUUCAAGACGCUUGAAAUCAAAUGUGAAGUAUAUGACGAUAGAGUUCACAAUGUUUUGAUGUUUCUUAGUAAACAACCUAACAUAUUAUGGUUCCAAAUUAUAUGA